GCAAUAUAAAGUCCUGGUUCACUCUCAGGAACGAGAGCUCAGCCUGUUAAGGGAGAAGUUGCGGGAAGGGAGAGAUGCCUCCCGUGCAUUGAAUCAGCAUCUCCAGGCCCUCCUCACUCCGGAUGAGCCGGCCAACUCCCAGGGGCGGGACCUCCGAGAACGGCUGGCCGAGGGCUGUAGGCUGGCACAGCACCUCGUCCGAAAGCUCACCCCAGAAAUUGAUGAAGAUGAGGAUGAAGAUGUUAAAGUUGAGGAGACUGAGAAAGUACAGGAACCAUGUGUCCCCAGGGAGCUGUGGAAGGCAGAAGAGAAGGAAGAAUCUGAGGACUCACUGGACAAAUAUGCCAUCGCUUGUUCAAAUAGCCACGGUCCUUGUGAGUCCAACCAGCCUCACAGCAACACCAAAAUCACAUUUGAGGAAGACCAAGUCAACUCAUGUCUCAUUGACUCGUCCUCUUCUGAUGAAUGGGAGGAUGCUGUAUUCAUUAUCCCAGGACACUGGUGUGAUGAAGUGAAAAAGGAGGACCAAGAGGCCACAGGUCCCAGGCUCAACAGGGAACUGCUGGAUGAGAAAGAGCCUGAAGCCUUGCAGGACUCACUGGAUAGAUUUUAUUCAACUCCUUGCGGGUAUCUUGAACUGCCUGACUUAUGCCAGCCCUACAGAAAUGCGUUUUCCUCGUUGGAAGAACAGCACUUUGGCUUGGCUCUUGACAUGGACAGAAUUACAAAGGACCAAGAAGAGGAAGAAGACCAAGCCUCACCAUGCCCCAGACUCAGCAGAGAGCUGCUGGAGGUAGUAGAGCCUGAAGUCUUGCAGGACUCACUGGAUAGAUGUUGCUCGACUCCUUACAGUUACCUUGAGCUUCCCGAUUCAUCCCAUCCCCAGGGAAGUUCCUUUUACUCAUUGGAGGAACAACACGUUGGCUUUUCUCUUGGCGUGGAUGAAACUGCAAAGUACCAAGAAGGGGAAGAAGAUCGAAACCCACCAUGCCCCAGACUCAACGGGGUGCUGAUGGAAGCAGGAGAGCCUGAAGUCUUGCAGGACUCACUGAGUGGAUGUUAUUCGACUCCUUCAAGUUACUUUGAUCUACCUGACUCAUUCCAACACUAUACAAGUGCCUUUUACUCACUUGAGGAACAGCACGUCAGCUUGGCCCUUGACGUGGACAAUGGAUUUUUUACUUCGACGGUGAUAAGGUUCCACCUGGGCUUCCAGAUGGGAGUCAUAUUCCCACACUAAGCAGCCCUUACUAAGCUGAGAGAUGUCAUUGCCGCAGGCAGGACUUACAGGCACCUGUAGGUUUGAAUGAAAACUGUAGUUCCGUUUGGAAUCCCAGACAUAGGAUAGGAAAGUGGGCAGAACUCUAUUCCAUUCUCAGACCAUGCAGUGGCAACCUGUACUCAGUCUGAAGACACUGGACCCAAGUUAGUUGUGACACGUUCACAGAACUCUGCAGCACAUACCGGGAGUGAUCUGUCAGAUCUUCUAAUUUGAACCAGGUAUCUCUGGGUAGCUACAAAGUUCCUCAGGGAUUUCAUUUUACGGGCAUGUCUCUGAGCUUUUAUGCCUGCUCAAGGUCAGUGUCAUCUUUGUGUUUAACUCAUCCAAAGGUGUUACCCUGGUUCCAAUGAACCUCCCCCCAUUCUUUGUAUCUUCAGUGUUGGUUUGUUUUAGCUGAUCCAUCUGUAACACAGGAGGGAUCCUUGGCUGAGGAUUGUAUUUCAGAACCACUGACUGCUCUUGACAAUUGUUAACCCACUAGGCUCCUUUGGUUAGAGAAGCCACAGUCCUUCAGCCUCCAAUUGCUAUCAAUACGUAGGAAGACCACAGCUAGAUGGACAAACAGCGUGGAGAGCCCUUAGCCCUGCUCCUCUCAAUUCCGUCCUGUAAAGAACAGGAGCCAGGAGCCGCUGGCAGGAGACAGCAUGUCACCCGGGACUCUGCCGGUGCAGAAUAUGAACAAUGCCAUGUUCUUGCAGAAAACACUUAGCCUGAGUUUCAUAGGAGGUAAUCACCAGACAACUGCAGAAUGUAGAACACUGAGCAGGACAACUGGCCUGUCUCCUUCACACAAUCCAUGUCACCACCAAUCACACAACAAAAAGAAGAAGAGAUGUUUUGGGUUCGAAAAAAGUAAAAAGAUACUGUAGCUACAUUUCUUUAUUUUGAACCCCAAAUAUUUCCUCAUCUUUUUGUUGUUGUCAUUGAUUGUGGUGACGUGAACUCGUUUGUAGAGGACAGGUCAGCUGUCUGGCUCAAUGAUCUACAUUCUGAAGUUGUCUGAAAAUGUCUUCAUGAUUCAAUUCAGCCUAAACGUUUUGCCAGGAACACUGCAGAGUCAAUACUGUGAGUUUCCAACCUCAGCCUAUCUAUCUGCGGGCAUAGAAGGUCUAGUUUGUCCACCACCAUUAUCGUGACAUCAGGACUGGUUACUUGGUUAAGGAGGGGUCUAGGAGAUCUGUCGCUUUUAGAGACAACUUACUUAUAAUGAAGUAUUUGGGAAAGUGGUUUGUAAAGGUAUAAAUGUUAUGUAUUCCAAUGAUCAUCCUCUAAACAUUUUAUCAUUUAUUAAUCAUCCCUGCCUGUGUCUAUUAUAUUCAUAUCUCUACACUGGAAAUUUUCCGUCUCAAUUUUUAUUCUGCCUCUCUUUUUGCUAGUGUCUGCUGUUGAAAAAAAAAAAACAUUCUCUGCCUGAGUUUUCAUUUUUGUCCAAAGUUAUUUUAAUCUAUACAAUUAAAAACUUUUGCCCAUCA